CUCAAUGUGGGUUAAUGUGUCCAUCCUGCACUCGAGCGCGCGGCACAGUUCAGUCUACGUACAGCCACUCAUAUAGCCAACAGAGAUGGAUCUCGAACAAAUGGGUCCCCAAACCUUCCUGUACGGUUGUGAGCUCCAGGCAGGCAAGGAGGUCCGUUUUAAUCCAGAGGAUGACAAUUAUGAUCAUCAGUUGUCAGUCAGAAUGGCCUGCGUUGAUCCCACAACAAAAGACGAACUGAACGUUGUGGAGAUCGAAGGGCAAGAUUCAGAGGGUCAGAAGGUCAAGGUAGUUCUGGCCACUCUCAAGCCUUCCUCUCUCCCCAGCGUGUGUUUGGGUGGGUUUGAGAUCACGCCACCUGUUGUGUUCCGUCUACGCUCUGGUUCCGGUCCAGUUCACAUUAGUGGACAGCAUCUCGUCAUCAUGGAAGGAGACCAGUCCUUUGAUGAAGACGAGGAGGAAGAGGAGGAAGAAGAAGAGACGCUGACCACAGCUAAGAAGAGGCCAGCGUCGGUGACUCAGAAGCUUUCAAAAAAAAUGAAGUUGGAUGAAGAGGAGGAUGAUGAUGAGUAAGUGUUGGAUGAUGAUGAGGAGGAUGAUGAAGAUGUUGAGGAGGAGGAAAGUGAAGAAGAAACUCCUGUAAAGGAAAAGAAGGCACCAUCCAAACCACAGACCCCUGCACAGAACGGAAAAGGACCCAAGGCCAAUACGCCUGCUAAACAGAACAAGACUCCUGAAAAGAACAAAAAGGAUGACAAAAAAACACAGUCGCCACAGACGCCACGGGUUUUCACUGUCCCAGAGAUCAAAGCCAAGAUGAUGGCGAGUGUAGAAAAGGGUGUAGCAUUGCCAAAAUUACAGCCGAAGUUUGAGAACUAUGUAAAGAACGGCUUCAAAGUCACAGAAGCAAAGGUAAUCGAGGAGCUCUGGAAAUGGAGACAGAGUGUCAAAUAAAAUAACUAAAACCCCUUUUAUUUUGCUUAAAUUAUUAGGCACCUUUUUUUUUUUUGACCAUGGUUUUACUUUUUGGUUACCUUCAAUAUUAUGUUUGUCCAACAUACCCCUCAGUUUUUCUCAAAUCCGUGCCAUUCCUUGAAAAGACUAACUCAGAACAUUACCUUUUUCAUCCUUUGCGAUCUGGCCUCUCCUCACCCCUGUGGUGUUGUCAUGUGCAGGGAGUGUGGCCUUAAUUUGGUAGCUUGUUGACUACCCUUCCAUGGUUUCUUUAAAAUGACAUGGAAAUGUGUAUGGCAUUCUGAUUGGAGAUGUGCCUGAGAAUCAAUUUACUGAAUUCAGCUUGACAUGAUUUGCAAUGCAUGAUUAAUGGUUUUUCAGAAUGGUAUCAGUGAUGAAUUCCAUUAUUUCAGCAGUUCGUUAUUUUUGUAAUUGUCAAUAUCAGUAUCCUGUAAUAUGCUUGAAGGUGGGAUGUAUUGAAUGUUUGGGAUUGAUUAGUCAACUGUAAGAAAUCCAAACGUCAACAAUGAAUAUGUAAUAUGACAGUCUGUGCAGCUAAAUCUAAUCUCUGGACUGCAAUUCAGAUGUGGUUCACUUUUUUGACUUCCUUAAAUCUGUUUAAAUACAAAUAAAGCUUAUAUUUCACAAGUGUUAACCCAUUUAA